UAAAAUCCCUAUUGAACGAAUGAGGACAACUAUAUUUAGGCCUUCAACAUAUUAGGAUUUCAAUGAAGCUGCUCGAAUUCAAAACUCAAAUCACGAAAUUACAUCCGUCUACUGCACAAUCGACUGAGAUACCGUUGCGAUAUCUAGGACAGAAGAGCGUAGUGGUUAAGUUUUUGAUACAAAGUGAAGUGUUCAUUUCGGCGAUAUAUCGACAUGAUUGAAAUAGUGAUAUGCGCCGUAAGUGUUGCCGUGGCGUGGUGGCUUGCUCGGGCUAUGUGGUCGUACUACUACCUGAAUUGCAUGAAAGAUGAAAAAGUGGAUUUACCUUUACCCCCUGGCACGAUGGGGCUUCCAUUUAUAGGAGAAACUAUGGAUUUAGCCAUGAAGAAGGAUUUUUGGGAGAAGAAAUACGAGAAAUACGGAAACAUCUACAAAACGCACGUCCUGGGCAGCCCAGUGGUACGAGUCACGAGCAGUGAAUUUGUAAGCACAGUUCUACGCGGUGAGAACACCCUGGUGAAGAUCGGGGUUCCAAGACACAUAGAAGAACUCCUGGGGGACUGUGGUGCACUCUCUGUUAUGACUGGUCCCAAACACACACCGCUGAAACAGGUGUUUUACCAAGUAUUGAGUGGCAUUUCUUUAGGUGAAUUCUGUCCACGAAUGCAAGAAGUUGUAAGGUCUAAUUUGGAUAUGUUGCUGGUGAAAAAGAACAUUGCCGUAUACGAGGAAAUAAAAACGCUGAAUUUCCAGGCCUCGUCAAAACUUUUGUUGGGAGAAGACCGAUUUGCAGCAUCAGAAAUGGAUAAAAUUCGACAAGCAGCGGUCGAAUUUAUGGGCGCUUUAUUUACAGUUCCAUGGAACAUCCCAGGAUUCCCCGUCUGGAAGGCACGUCGUGGACGACAAACUAUCAAUAGUUACAUCGGUAAAGCCAUUGACAGCAACAGUAACGACAUUGACAACGGAGACGCAAUCUCACAUCUUCUUAAAGCUGCACUGCCCCUUCACUGCAGACGUCUUACAAAGGAUGAUAUAUACACCAACUCUACAGAACUGCAACCAGAAUACAGACGGCUUACCAGAAUGGAGGUCAUGGAUGCUGCAGCAGAGAUGUUAUUCAUGUCUUCUAUCUCGACCAGCAGCGCUAUGACCUCUAUUGUGCUUCUCUUGGGCCAGCACCAAGAAGUUAGGGAAAAGAUUCUGGCGGAACUCGGGGAACAUGGCCUUCUCAUGGCCAAAGACGAUGUUAAUAUACAGCCACUCACAACUGAAAAGCUGACAAAGCUGAAGUACGUCCAAUGUGUCAUAAAAGAAGUGCUGAGACUCAAACCACCUGUCGGGGGUGUUUUCAGAAAGGUGCUACAGACUUUGGAACUUGGGGGUUACCAGAUUCCACGGGGAUGGACAGUUAUUUGCAGCAUCAAAGACAUGCAAGAAAAUAGCCAAGUAUUUAAAGAUGGUCAAAACUUUAAUCCAGAACGUUGGUUACACGUUUCACCAGAAGAAAGCAAACAACUCCGGUUCGAGAACAUCCCUUUCGGUGGCGGUCACAGGGUGUGUCCUGGGCGCAAAUUUGCUCAACAGCUCUUGCAGAUAUUUACAAUAGAACUGGUUGCAAGAUGUAACUGGGAGUUGACAAACCCAAACCCCACAAUGGCCCGCCUCCCCGUCUUACACCCGGUGGACAGUCUACCUGCAGUGUUUUCACCUCGGAGAAGUCGACAUAACCAUCCUGAUUAGCAAGCACUCUACUAUUUACUGUUUUUUGUUAUGUUCCUUCAUUUAGCUUUAACGCGAUUUUAAAUUGAAUUAGGUGACAGUACAAGAUAUAGAGUAACGACUAUCAGAAUCAUUCUGACCAUUUCUCAGUUUUUUUGAUAAACCUAAAUAUCUAAGGUGGUUGUAUGGUUACAUAUUUUAUAUUUUCUUUUGUAAACAGUUUACACUGUGUGACUUCAGAAAACCUUACAUUUUUCUCGACAGAAAUAUCCAGACAUCAAACUGGCAUUAUA